UCUUUAUAAUUGUCUGGGUGCUGAACUGUGUCUUACUGAACUGUGUGGGAUGAUGAUCGUAAAGAGGAAUUCGUAUGCAUUUUAUUUGUUUACAUGUUUUUUCUUCUUUUUGUUUCUAUUUUUAUUUUUUUGUUGCUGAUUUUAUCUUAUUUAUCUGUUGUGGGUUGGAAAGGUGGCUACUUUAUUUUCUUUUUAGAAUAUGCCCUAAAUUUUCCGCCAUACAUUCUACCUGAGUAGUAUAUUCUUGUUUAAUGAAUUAGAAAUAAUGGUAAAAACAAAAACACCAAAACACUCAGAGCUAUGUACUUUUUCUGCGAUGAAAGCACGCUUGGAAAAAAGAAAAAAAAGUACUUACCAUCACCAGAUAUCUGUAAUGUGUACAAUUUUCUAUCUAUAUGUAUACUUUUUUAUCUCACCGUUUACACAACUCGAGUCGCGAUAAUUAAUCAAGAUAGCGUCUCGAUAUUCUCCAUUUUCUCAGCUGUUAAGUAAGGAGAAGGAACUGCCUCUUCGACAUGGCUUUAGCAGGGAGUUCUGUCCUGAAUAUCCUUCAGCACACCGACGAGGACCCCGCAGCCGGGGAUGAGGGACCUCAGUCGAAGGAUUCAGAUGACUCAGGAUCUCGCAAGGCGUCAGGAUCCUCGAGUGAGUCGUGCGGUGGAAGAGCCCGAGAGUGUUGGGCCGCCCGUUACACCUUUGCCCUUAUGGCAUUUCUGGGUCUCGCCGUCGAGUAUUCGCUGCGCGUGAACCUCUCCAUUGCCAUCGUGGCCAUGGUGGGCACGAGUGAGGUCAACGCCACGACCAGCGGCUCUCAGGAUGUCUGUCCUCUCAGGAAUAACGGCACAGACUCGGGAGGUAAAGUCACGGAAGGGGAAUUCGACUGGGACGAGCAGACUCAAGGCCUAGUUCUCGGGGCCUUCUACUAUGGCUACACCCUCACGAACCUGGUGGGCGGGCGGGCGGCGGAGCACUUCGGUGGGCGCCUGGUCUUCGGUCUGGGGGCGGCCACAUCAUCCCUCAUCUCCCUUCUCUCCCCGCUGUGUGCGAGGGCCUCCCUUGGACUCUUCAUUGCUUCGAGGGCCCUUAUGGGACUUUCACAGGGGGUCACGAUGCCAGCACUGAAUUCCCUGAUGGCGACUUGGUAUCCCCCUGAGGAAAGAGCCAAGUUUGGACCUCUGAUUUAUGGAGGUAUGCAGUUUGGCACCAUCAUCUGCCUUCCAGUGAGUGGCUGGUUGAGCUCCUCGGGGUUCCUUGGGGGUUGGCCCUCUGUCUUCUACGUCUUCGGGGCCCUGGGGGUUCUGUGGGGGGUUCCUUGGUUCUUGCUGGUGCACAACCGGCCUGAGAACCACCCGAGGAUAUCCGAGGCUGAGCUGAAAUUCAUCACGGGCCACAGAAACACAGUGAAGAAGGCAGAGAUAGUGGCCAUACCCUGGAGAGCGAUUUUCACCUCGGGUCCGGUGUGGGCGUGCAUGAUCAUGGCUUGGGGCGGUUGCUUCGGUUUCUACGCGCUGCUAACGGAGCUGCCAACAUACCUCGCUAAUAUCCAGCACUUCGAUAUGAACAAUAGCGGUGUCCUCUCCGCCUUGCCCUACGUUUGCCUGUGGGCCAUCGCCUUGAUCUGGGGCGCCCUUAUGGAUACACUAUACGCCGCGGGCCGCCUGUCCAUCAGAAGGAUUAGGAGACUUUCGACAGCUUUUGCCAGCUUCAUGCCCGCAGCCGCUCUGCUCGUCAUGUGCUUCGUGAACUGCAACUCCACUUUGGCCAUAGUAGUCCUGUGCGUGGCCGUAGGAUGCACUGGAAGCUGUUAUAGCGGGAGCCUCCUGAUGGAACAGGAUAUCGCUCCCAACCUGGCGGGGACGCUCGUGGGAAUCACCAACACCGUAGGAUCUGUCACAGGAUUCAUUGCUCCUGCUGUGGUCGGAACCAUUACGAAAGAAAAUCAAGGCUCAUUGAGCGCCUGGAGGACCGUUUUCGUCGUAGCGAUGUUAACUUACGUGGUCACGAUAACCCUGUAUCUUUUCCUCAUGUCCUCCGAUGUCCAGCCUUGGAAUGAGCCGAAAGAGGUUAAGAAAGAGGUCAAAGAAGAGACAAGAUUCUGAAAAGGCCCACACAUACUUUAAGAAAAAGAAUCUA